GUGUGGCUGCAAGUGACUAGUGUGGAGACAGAGAAAAAACCUGUUCCUCAUUAGAGAGCAAGCUGAUACUUCUCUCCAGUCAUAAUGAGAGGCCGAAGGUUGCCACUGGACAUUCAGAUUUUCUAUUGUGCCAGACCUGACCAAGAGCCUUUUGUGAAGAUCAUCACUGUUGAGGAGGCCAAACGCAGGAAGAGCACAUGCAGCUACUAUGAGGAUGAGGAUGACGAGGGGCUGCCCAUCCUGCAGCCCCAUAGCGCUCUCCUGGAGAACAUGCACAUAGAGCAGCUAGCUCGACGCCUUCCAGCAAGGGUGCAAGGGUAUCCAUGGAGACUGGCCUACAGCACAUUAGAGCAUGGAACCAGCUUGAAAACUCUCUAUCGGAAAUCCGCAUCACUGGAUAGUCCUGUCCUAUUGGUCAUCAAAGAUAUGGAUAAUCAGAUCUUUGGAGCAUAUGCAACACAUCCCUUCAAGUUCAGUGACCACUAUUAUGGCACAGGCGAAACAUUCCUGUACACAUUUAGCCCUCAUUUCAAGGUCUUCAAGUGGAGUGGAGAAAAUUCAUAUUUUAUUAAUGGAGACAUAAGUUCUUUAGAACUUGGUGGUGGAGGGGGACGAUUUGGUUUGUGGCUCGAUGCUGAUUUAUAUCACGGACGAAGCAACUCUUGCAGCACUUUCAAUAAUGAUAUUCUUUCCAAAAAGGAAGACUUCAUAGUUCAGGACCUGGAGGUGUGGACAUUUGAGUGAAAUUCAGGCUGCCUUAAAAUAUAGACUGGAUUGGAUCAGCCCACCUAAAGCUGGCUGGAAGACAAAAGACCCAGCCCAGGCUGCCUCAUCCUAUCACGACGCUUUCUUUCUGCUAUCAUCUCAGCAUGAUCACAUCGCAGAAAAGUUCUCAAGGGUACAUGCAGAGGGCAGACACUGAAGAAAGACAUCUGAAGUCCAGAUUGUUGAAAGACUUUGUACUUACACUCCUUUCAAAUCCACACAGUGAAGAUUAAGAGUGUUUAUAGACGUAUGAGUUGAAUGCAAUUUUUAUUUUUGGUAACUGUGAAAAAAAAGAUACUGUGGAAAUAUAUACAUGCCUUGUGUAUUUAUCAGCAUAAUUUUCACUACCAAAAUGUACAGCUAUUGUUUGCCUUGGAAGGUUAGUCUCAUUUAGAAAAACUGAAAGGACAUAGCACUUAAAGGGAAUAUAUGAUUUUUAAACUUUUAUUUAUUAUUUCUAGUACAUUGUCAAAAAUGUGUUGGCAGUUUUUUUCUUUCAAUGUGUCAAAUCCUGAA